AUGCCAGCUACUACUCAAACUUACUUAAACGCCAUUGCUAACCGUAGAACAAUCUACAACUUGACUCCAAAGCUUCCACAAAACGUUAGUGUUGAAGACAUUCAAGCUGUUGUUCAAUCUAUCAUCAAGAACACCCCAACUGCUCUAAACUCUCAAGAAAACAGAGCUAUCAUUGUCACCGGUAAGACUCACAAGAAGGUCUGGGAUGCUGUUAUCAACUCUAUUCCAGGUGAAAACGGUAAGAAGAGACCAGUUUCUGCCAGGGAUGAAGCUUACGGUUGUGUAAUCUUCUUCACCGAACAAAACACUGUCAAGAAGUUCCAACAAGAUUACCCAGCUGCUGCUGAUGCUUUCCCAGUUGCUGCCUCUCACACCACUGGUGCCGCUCAAAUUAACUCUUGGACCGCUCUAGAAACUAUGGGUCUAGGUUGUCAUCUACAACAUUACAAUGAUGCCGUUAGAGCCGCUCUAGGUAACCUGGUUCCAGAAUCUUGGACCGUUAACUCCCAAUUGUGUUUCGGUUCUAUUGUUAUUCCAGCUGGUGAAAAGACCUUCAUCGAAAACCCAAUUAAGAUUUACAACUAA